AUGGCAGGCACCAUACGGCCCAAUGACAUGAACGUCUCCACCACGCCGACGCUCUCGUCGGGCACCCUGCCCAGCCUCACAUCUCUCCAGACGGACCUCACCAAGAAGCCCAACGCGCCGCGCGCCCCCCGUGUCGACGUCGAGCCCCUGUACACCGCAGUCAAAGGCUCCAUAAGCGAUGCAGACUGGACCAUCUACAAGAAAGCCCUCUCCUUCUUUCUCCUCGGCAACCUCAACCAGGAGGAGCUGUCCCACAAGCUGUCCAAGAUCCUCACCACGCCCGCCCUCGAACACGCGCACAAUGCGCUCUUCACGGCUAUAUACGCUAACAUAUGGCGCGACCUGCCCGAAGCAGGCAUCGCCAGUUGGGUGUCGAGUAGUGAUAAGCCGACUAGCGGGACGGUCAAGGGGACAGGGGACGAGAGCGAGAAGAGACUCAAGCACGAGGUCAUGCAAUUGAGUCGGAGGGAGAGAAAGAGGCUGAAGGGCAUACCGGCAGGCGAGAGCCCGCUGAGUACGGGGCUGGAGGGCUUGGGCGCGGGUGCUGCUGGGCCGGUGCAGGAGUAUGUUGAUGCGAGACGGGCGAAGCAGCUCGAUGUUGGGCCGAGCAGCAACCAGGGCGGUGGAUUUGGAAAGACGAACUGGGAACUCGAGAUUCGCAAACGGUAUACCUCGGCCCUCUACGCAGAGACGCACGAAUUCCCCACCGCAACGACAAUAUCCUACCGCCUGCUACCGAUAUGCUACGAGUUCGGGCUGCCUCAGGGCCAUACGUCCGAUUGCCCGGACUACCUCAACAUCGCUACCGAGACAUACAUAAAAGAAGCCCUAGCAAACUUACUAGGCAAAGUGAGCAGUAACGGUCCUGGAUACGUGCGCACAGGCGAAUUCAAGAAGAAGCUCGCGCGAGAGGAAAGACUAGUAGACCGCGGCGAGCUGGCCCGAGGCAUCGGAGGCGAACUCCCCGUCGAAGCAGAAGAGCGACGAAAGAGGAAACUCCUAUGUAUGGAGGACCUGAGACUCGCGCUGGAACUCGGAGACUCGUACCUCGGACAAACACCACUGAUUGCGGGAUCGAUAAUGAACUCGAGGUUUCUGGACACCCACGGCAUCGAGGACAUUUACAAUGCGCCCGCGAAACCGCUUACGAAUGGGGCUCUCACGAAUGGUAUCAAUGGCAUUGCAAAUGGAACUAAGCACGACCUCAACGGCGAGACUUGGACAAUUGACUUUGGCGACCCGAUGCAGAUUGAUGAUGAAGUGGGCAUGCAUUGGCAAGGAGGUAGUGUGCAAGAUAUGCAAGAGAUGGACGAUGCGCUUGACGAUAUUCUGAACCUCGGCGAUCUAUAG